GUGUGCCUUUUAUCAAGCGGUCCUAAUCGAUUAACAGUUUAUGCAACCGGUGUUAAAUCACGUAUUGCUUGCAUUUAAUCAAGCGGUCCUUAUCAAUUAACACUUUAUGAGACCCGAAGCGUGUUCCAGCCAUCCGAACAAAAUUUUAUAUGAAUAUAUAGGAGUAAAAAAUCGGUGCUUUUAUGCGAGUUUGAGCCAAACGGAAAUUCGAGCCAAGCGAGUUGGAGCCAUCGGGUUUCGACUGUACCUAAAUAUUCUUAUCAAGAACUCCCAAGGUCCAUAGGAUUUUUAUAUGGAAUUGACAUGUGUACCAGCAUCCACAUAUGAUAGUGCUUCUGGUUCAGCCAUGGAGAUUGAGUACCCUUACAAGUUAAUAUUUCAGUCCCAGUCCAGAUUCCACAAGACACUUCCCGACUCUCCUGAAUCAUGGGCCACAGAUGAUUUAGUUGUGUCAUCAAAUCAUAACUUGGAAACACCUUCUGUACUAGGUAGACAAUAUGAGUCGACCUCAGCUAAUGUAGAAAGCUUGGACAACUUUGAAACCGCAGCAGGAGAGUGCAGUGAUAAAACCAACAGCACAUUUACUCAGAUACACCAACAGACUCCUUACGUCAGAGUGAUAGAUUCGCAGCACAUGCAAGUAUCUGUGGGAGAACUGUUACACUCCCAAUCCCGUGAACCUCUCGACGACUCUACCAUCCGGACGUUUUGUAUGGAGGGGCUAAAGUGCCUUGCUGAUUUAGAAGAUUUAGGGAUUGGUUAUCAGGACAGUAAUGGAGAUGUGUUUAUGAAGCUUGAGAAUAUCCUUCAUUUGACCAUUAAAGGAUUUUCUUAUCUGGAUAGAGCCGAUCAACCAAAUAUAUUUGCUGGUCUUCAGCCAGAACUAAUGGCACCAGAAGUGGCCAAGUUUAUUAUGCAGGAUGAAAUACCUGAUUGGUACCAGUUUGGAGUGAAUGAUAGGGAUAUCACUAUCCAAGCAGACAUCUUCUCCCUGGCUAGGAUAGUUAUGGAACUCUACCCCAGCACCUAUUGUAUCCUCCAAAGGAUCUUUAGGAAUGGUCGUCGUUCUUAUGACGGAAUGACGGAUGAUGAUCGCAGAGAGCUUCGCUUACGCAUUGUAGAGCAGAUUGCAUCAGUCGAUUGCAUGCAAUUGCUGGUACCUGAUGAAAGUUCCACUGUCAUGAAGGAUCUGCUAUGUAUGAUGCUAGAGCAGGAUCCUCGAAUACGAAUAACAGCCAGACAAGCCUUGAAGUUUAUUGACAACAAUGAUGAUGCGGGACACGGUACACGGCUAGACAGCAAGAGUAAUAUCAAGAUUGAGCCAAUCACUUCUGACAAUACUAACAUUCCGGGAAGGCAAUUUGUUAGUGGUGGUUUCCCAUAUGCAGAGACGAAAUCUCCUCCAUCUAGUACAACCAGCGACCAAACAUCUAUGCAUAAGACCCAUGAAGUGAACCCUAACAACAGUGGUAAUGAGGCUUUCAGAGAAAGAAGCAAAGUAUCGAUGAAGAUAAAAAAGUCAGCAACUGUUCCUGUUCCAAGAUUUGUGAAAGAUACGUUCAAAGUUGAUCAGCCUUGCAAUCCAUCUACCUUGAUGUUGUUGAAGAAACGAAUCCAUGAUGCAGGGAACGAAAGCGAUGCUGUUGAGCAGGCUAAACUGCCACGAUUGGACACGUUUGAUGUCGACUGACACAAUAUUGGAGGAGGACAAAAUGUCUGAGAUUAUGCUGGCAUGAACAAAAUAUUUUUUUAAAUAUGAGUUAUUGACAAAUGAGUGCAGAAAUAAUAUUAAGGGUUUAAAAAAGCAUUUUCUGUUUGCUUUUAUAUAUUACUCUGAAAAAUUAUAUUGUUCAUGAUUUUUUGGGCAACAAGGGGUUAUGAACUUUAAAAAAAAUGUUAUUGGAUUUUUUACCCAAACCUGGUACUAUGAUAAUACUGGAUGAAAUUCACAAAUUCUCCCAAACAUGUAUAAUGAAAUUGUUUAUUCUUGAAAAUGUAUCACCUCAGUUAACCACAAAUACCACUUUUGAUCAGAGAAUUCAUACAGAAUGAUGUUUACAUUGUACUUUUAUGAAAGGGUAUAGCCUCUUUUCCUGUUUAUUAAACCACAAGUUCUUCUCAGCCACUUAAGUGUUAAAUUGACUUUUGACUGAAUAAAAACAUUUUCAACACUU